AUGGGUGCACAGCUGCAUCCGAGGAUACCCUCGCCCAUACCACAACAGCUCUUACGGAACCGCACGCCCGGCAAACCACAGUGGGCCAUCACAGACCUCACCGUCCACACCCCUUCGACCGCGUCUCCAGCUUCCAACACGCAACAAGGGCCGCAGUCGAGAUGGCGAACGAAGGAAUUCUACGCGUACUACCUUGUCUUUGCGCUGGUGGUCCCGCAGAUGUGGAGGAUCGGGUGCAAGGCGACACGAGCGACGAGUGAGGGAUACUGGAAGUAUGCGGGGCGGCUACGAAACGGAUGGCUGUUUGGGUGGAAAGUCGACGUCACCGACGCGCAAUACUUCCUCUUCCGCUCGAAGCUUCCCCUCCUCGUCGCCCUUAUGCUCUUCCACCUCUCCCUCUCGCACGCCUUCCGCUUCCUCGCUCGCCGUCUCUCGCCUUCCAACAACCCCUCUUCCCCCCACUUCGAUGCCAAGCGCGCCCGUGACGCCCGAGCAGCCUUUAGCGCCUUUUUCAGCGUCGCCCUCCUCGCCGUCCUGCACGGCUCGAGUCUACCGAAACUUCUCAUCAUUCUUGGCAUCAACUACCGCAUCGCUAUGCUCGGGGGAUCGUUGUCCAGCCUGAGCAAGCGGAGAAGAUGGACAAGGGAGUGGACGCCGUACGCGACUUGGGCCUUCAACGUUGCGAUCUUGUUCGCAAACGAGAUCUGCUCGGGAUACAAGUGGGGCUCGCUGAACUUCGCGCUCUCGUGGCUCGACGAUUAUGGCGGCCUCCUCCCUCGCUGGCACAUCAGCUACAACAUCUCGAUGCUCCGCCUCAUCAGCUUCAACAUGGAGUACUACUGGGCGUGGUCGGCGAAGAUUGCGGAAAACGAGGGAGAAGCGGGAGAGGGCUUGCCGGAGCCGCCGACGAGUCCGAGGGUCAAGGCCGCGCAGCAGUUCCAGUCGCCGCCCAAGACCUCUUCCUCGACAGUCGCGCCUGAUCCUACUCCUUCAGCCUCAAGCUAUUCCUUCAUCCAUUUCAUCGCCUAUGUCCUCUACCCGCCACUAUACCUGGCCGGCCCAAUCAUGACAUACCCUUCCUUCCUCGCUCAACUCGCGCCGUCUGCCCAACCUGCUUCGUCCGGAAACGGAGGCGCCUCUACUCCCGUUAUGGAACUCGCUACCGACCCACUCCUUCUCUCCGCGUCUUCCACCAGUCUCAACCGUCUCUCUACCCGGCCCGCGCCGAGCGAGACCUCCCCUCGCGCACUUCUCUCCUACACGACCCGCUUUCUCUCCUGCCUCCUCACGAUGGAGCUUCUCCUCCACUCGAUGUACGUCGUCGCGCUCAAGGACUCGGGCAAGGGCUGGUGGAACGGAAUGACGCCUGCGGAGGUCAGCAUGGUCGGAUUCUGGAAUCUGAUAGUUGUCUGGCUGAAGCUCCUACUGCCUUGGCGUCUCUUCCGCCUCUGGGCGCUGCUGGACGGCAUCGUCCCGCCCGAGAACAUGAUCCGCUGCAUGGCGAACAACUAUUCGACGCUCGGAUUCUGGCGGAGCUGGCACCGCAGCUACAACAUGUGGGUGGUCAGGUACCUUUACAUCCCGCUGGGCGGAUCCGCCCGCCCGCUCCUCGCAACUCUCGGCGUCUUCACCUUUGUUGCGCUAUGGCACGACCUUCGCCUGCGAUUGCUCAUCUGGGGCUGGGGCGUCACGCUCUUCGUCGUGCCCGAGAUGAUUGCUCGCAAGGCUGUGCCGUACUCGAAGUACGGCACGAAGCCUUGGUACCGCCACCUCGCUGCCAUCGGAGGAGUCGCCAACGUUUUGCUCAUGAUGACGGCUAACCUCGUCGGAUUCGUCGUCGGGGUCGACGGGGCGAGGGAGCUGUGGAAGGUCAUGCUCGGCGGGUGGGAAGGCCGGCUCUUCCUGCUCUUCGCGAGUGCAUGUCUGUUUGUUGCAGUCCAAGUCAUGUUCGAAUACAGGGAGGAAGAGCGGAGGCGAGGGAUCUCUCGAAAGUGCUGA